AAUUUUUAUGUUAUAAUAAUGAUAAUGAUAAAAAUAUCUUAUUAUUUCCUACAUAUAUUGUUAUAAGAAAUGUGGGAGUGUUAGAGGGAGUUGCAGUUAGAAAGUGACAGAAACAAACAUGUCAGGUCCUGCUUGUUGCUCUAAUCCACCAACUCUGGACCCUUUUAGUGGAGUUGGUCAUGUUGAAAAACUCGGCGGCCUUGAUGUUUAUCUCACCGGCUCUCCUCUUUCCACCAUCACCAUUCUCUUCGUCUCCGAUAUUUAUGGAUAUGAAGCACCAAUUAUAAGGAAACUUGCUGACAGAGUUGCAGCAUCUGGGUAUUAUGUGGUGCUUCCUGACUACUUCAAUGGCGAUCCCUUUGAUCCGGAGAAUCUUGACAGACCUUUACCUAUUUGGAUAAAACAACAUCACCCGGACAAAGGUUUUAAAGCUUCACAACCCAUAAUUGAAGCCUUAAAGAGUAAAGGAAUCUCUACUAUUGGAGCUGCUGGUUUUUGUUGGGGUGCUAAGACUGUGUGUGAGCUUGCAAAAUCCAACCUCAGUCAAGUUGUUGUGUUAGCGCAUCCAUCAUCUAUUACAGUAGAGGACAUCGACGGUGUUAAUAUUCCGAUUGCUAUACUUGGAGCUGGGCUUGACACAAUCACACCUCCAGAGGUCAUAAAACAAUUUGAACGAGUCUUGGAUGCUAAAUCUGGAGUGGAUAGUUUUGUGAAAAUAUUUCCUAAUGUCUCGCAUGGUUGGACUUUGAGGUAUAACACUGAAGAUCCAGAAGCUGUGAAGGCUGCAGAAGAGGCCCAUCAAAUCUUAUUGGAUUGGUUUAAUAAAUAUCUCAAGUGAGAAAUCUGUUAGACCUCUUAUUUCAAAUAUAUAAGAGGAAAAGGUAAAAUUGAUUAUAUGAGCAGUUUGUAAUUAAUUAUGUCUAGUUUAUGGGUGCUGUGUAAGAAUAAAAGGGAAAGAAACUGCAGGUGAAUUUGGAAAAGGAGGGUUCCUAAGGCUAUCGAACCCUCAGUGUUGUAUAUUUCCUGUGUAAUUUCAGUUUUAGGCAAGUCUGUUUGUUUGUAUUGUCUCUGAUUUGGGACCUUGUUUUCAAUAAGAUAAGUUGUUAUUGAGUUAA